CUUCCACUUCACGCCUUUCUCCCGAUAUGCAGUCUCUCGCUCUCGCAAAGCACGCGCUGCGAGCACAGCCAGCGCGCCUCACCCUCGCCCGCACGCUCGCCACGGCCACCGAGAAACCAGUCCUCCUCAAGGAAUUCAAAAUCUACCGAUGGAACCCAGACAAGCCUGAGGAGAAGCCCAAGCUCGAGAGCUACAAAAUCGACUUGAACCAGACGGGGCCUAUGAUUCUCGAUGCGCUUAUCAAGAUUAAGAACGAGGUGGACCCCACUUUGACCUUUAGAAGGUCGUGCAGAGAGGGCAUUUGCGGCUCGUGCGCCAUGAACAUUGACGGCCAGAACACCCUCGCCUGUCUCUGCAGAAUCGACAGGAACGCGUCCAAGGACACCAAGAUUUACCCUCUUCCCCACAUGUACAUCGUCAAGGACCUUGUUCCCGACAUGACCCAGUUCUACAAGCAGUACAAGUCGAUUCAGCCCUGGCUGCAGAACGAUAACCCCCCGGAGAAGGGCGAGCACCUGCAAUCCCCCGAGGACCGCAAGAAGCUCGACGGUCUCUACGAAUGUAUCCUCUGCGCCUGCUGCUCUACUUCCUGCCCAUCCUACUGGUGGAACCAGGAUGAAUACCUCGGCCCGGCCACCCUCAUGCAGGCCUACCGAUGGAUCGCUGACUCUCGAGACACGCACACCGAGGAGCGCAAGGACCGAUUGCAGAACGAAAUGAGCAUGUACCGCUGCCACACCAUCUUCAACUGUUCGCGAACCUGUCCCAAGGGUCUCAACCCCGCCGCUGCCAUCGCCAAGAUCAAGUUGGAGCUCGCUGCAGAGUAGACGACGACGCGCUUUGUAGGUUGUGCAUAAGAGAGGAAGAACGGGAAGGUCACCUAAACCCUCAUCAUACUUUUUUAA